UGUUGAUAUUGAAUUAACUAUCAUAUAACUGUGUGCAUUGAGAUCAGAGGUCAAAGGUGUUGUCGUAUGACGUCACAACGUAAUACUUCCUUGCAAAAUGGCGGAGACAGAACUGAAUGUUGACAGCUUGAUUUCUCGUCUUCUAGAAGUUCGAGGAUGUCGACCAGGAAAGACUGUACAGAUGACAGAGGCUGAAGUGAGAGGACUUUGUUUGAAAUCUCGAGAAAUCUUCCUCAGUCAGCCCAUCCUUCUUGAGCUUGAAGCUCCCUUGAAAAUUUGUGGUGAUAUACAUGGUCAAUACACAGAUUUGAUGAGACUAUUUGAAUAUGGAGGAUUUCCGCCUGAAGCGAACUAUUUAUUCCUAGGUGACUAUGUAGACAGAGGCAAACAGUCGUUAGAAACAAUAUGUUUGCUGUUGGCUUACAAGAUCAAAUAUCCAGAAAAUUUCUUUCUUCUACGGGGUAACCAUGAAUGUGCCAGUAUAAACAGAAUCUACGGCUUCUAUGACGAAUGCAAAAGAAGAUACAAUGUGAAGUUAUGGAAGACGUUUACAGAUUGUUUCAAUUGUUUACCUAUAGCAGCCAUUAUAGAUGAGAAAAUCUUCUGUUGCCAUGGAGGUCUUUCACCAGAUUUACAAUCAAUGGAACAAAUACGAAGAAUUAUGAGACCAACAGAUGUACCAGAUACAGGUUUACUAUGUGAUUUACUGUGGUCAGAUCCAGAUAAAGAUGUACAAGGGUGGGGCGAGAACGAUAGAGGAGUAUCAUUUACAUUUGGUGGCGAUGUUGUCAGUAAAUUCCUCAACAGACAUGAUCUAGAUUUGAUAUGUAGGGCUCAUCAGGUUGUGGAAGAUGGUUAUGAAUUCUUUGCCAAGAGACAGUUAGUAACGUUGUUUUCUGCCCCAAAUUACUGCGGAGAAUUUGACAAUGCAGGAGGAAUGAUGUCGGUUGAUGAAACUCUUAUGUGCUCUUUCCAGAUCUUAAAACCUUCAGAAAAGAAGGCAAAGUACCAAUACGGAGGUAUGAACUCCGGCCGACCUAUAACACCACCGAGAGGGCCACAGAAAAAGAAGUAAUUCAGUUGACAGUGCAGUUGACAGCACUGUCGAUAGACAAUAACAUUAAACUAUGGUGCCACAUGUGUGAUAUUUAUGCAGGUUCUUGCAUGCGGUUGUGUGUAGCUACAUUCUGUGUUAGUUAAAAAAGAUGCACACUUUGUGAUUAUAUUUUCACUAGCCAGAUGGGGAAAAUGUUGCUCGCAUAUAUAAACCAUUUCAGUAGAGAACUUCUGAAAAUAGUUCGUGUUAAUUCAGCUGUGUGUACUGAAAAAAUAUUUUGGCAUGAUUUACCCGUAGUUUGCAGCUUAGCCAGGCUAGUUAUUUGUGCAACUCGGCAAAAUAUUUUGUUCUUUCAGUUUUUAAAGUCACAGUGGUUAUAAGCUGCUAGUCAAUUGAUACAAGAAAAAUGGUUCGGGCUAGCCAGUUGCUAUUAAUGAGAAAUGAAAUCCAUUGUUUCAAAAAGUGCAGGUUCAUACAAAAAUGGCAAAGCAGUUUUCUGAAUUGUAAACAGAUAAUAUUCUGCUUUAUUCUAUACCUUACAAUAAAUAGUAAAAGAAUUUUAUAGGACAGAAUUCUGUAGCACAUGCCAGCACAGUAACUAGUUAUUGGCAUGGCAUGUAGCAUGCCAAGGCUAACAUUUAUAAUAAACUACGAAUUCUACAAAAUAUCUUUAAGGACUUUAUUUAUAGAAAUAAAUUGAGAAGUUUUAUUUUAAUUGUAUCAUUUACCCUUGUACUAUAAAAGUUGAAUAACUUAUUCACACAGUAUAUGUUUAUUAUUUAGAGCUUUGUUGCUAAUUUAUGCAUAGACUGCUAAAUGAUUGUUACUAAGAACAAUUUGACAUUUUUAUACGAUAAUUCACUCUUUAUGCAAAAUUGUUGUACCAGUUUUGAAGGCUGGAAAAUGUUCGGGUCUCUUACUGACAAAAAGCAGAAAUAUUUGUGAUACUAAGAAUUCGUGUUUUUAAGUUAAGUUUUGCGUUUGGAGGUAAUGAUGACGAUAUUGAGUUUUGAACUUGCCACGAAAAUUUGUAAAACUUCAGUUAUCACGAAUAUGACCCAAUCUACAGUAUCUGCUGUAAAAUCAGAUAUUUUUAUGGGAGAUUUAUUUUCACUAUGACUGUAUUCACAAAAAUGCAUGCAACAGUCCUGUUGUUAAUAAUAGUCACACGUUGGUCGUACAUCACAAAUAUUUUACCACGCUAACUUAAUCUUAUUUUAGAAAUAGUAAAAUUUUUGCCUUGUGAAAAUAUCUGAUUUUAUAUUGUAGUCAGUACACAAAUGGCUGACCUUUUCUUCAUAGCAGUACCAUUGUAUGCUUUUUUACCACAUAUUAUUGUGCUUUAAGUAUUGUAUAUUGUGGCACGGUUUGCAGCAUUUAGGGUAAAAUAAUAUGCAGGAAGUUUUAGAAUGUUCGUUACUUGUUUGGUUGCCUUGAUUCAAAAAGUGAAGAGGAGUCUAUGGCACAUUCUCUUUCAUUUGUACCAAAUUCAAGUUUCAGAUAUAUUUAUUUAAAGAUUACUGUGCGGCCGUUUCUAUUGUUUGAGAUACGUUUGUUGAUCCAGAAGUAAUAUCACUUGAACCAUAAAAACCUGUAUAUUGAACAGAAAACAAUAAAAAUUUAUACCCAGGGUAUUUUGAUCUAUUUGCAAUAUUUUCUAAAAAUAUUAAGGUUUAUUAUAUACCUUUAUGAAUUCUGUUAAAACUACUGCUUGUAUUUCACAAGUAGAUAUGAAAAGGCAGAAAAAAUUCUGUAUUGUACCUUUCGUAUUGAAUGCUGCUGGGCUCCUUUUAUUUAAUAUGCAUGACCUGACACAGUUCUAUAAAUAGUGCACAGAUAUACUACAUUCAGUUCUAUUUUUACAUCAAUAAAUACUGAAGACUUAUGUUCGAUAACAAAACAACAAACAAAAAGGCAGAGGUAUAUAGUUGAAGUGUCAGUAUAACAGGAGCUAGGUUCGGCCUUUGUGGAUUUUGCCAGGACUAAUCAUACUAGGCACUUGCACGCCGUGUGCGUUCCGACCUGGCAAAAUCUAUUUAAGCCGAAUACAGCAUCACAGAUCAAGCUGCUAUUAUAAUAUAAACAUACCAUGAUACGGACAUGGUAACGAUGAAAGCCACAUGUCCCAAAUGUUAUUGACAUCAGAAAUAGUUAUUUUUGUCACUUAUUUUAGCAUGCGGUGAAAUAGUGUCAAUUGUACACUUCUAUUAAUUUAAAACUAAACAACCCUAGAAAAUAACAUUUAUGUGUGUAAUCAGAAUUUAAUCAGUGUACAUAAAUACGCUCCAUGCUUGCAGUCACAUUACUUCAGGAUCAGCACUCAUAACAGUGUACUUCAUAGACUUAAUAAACUUGUUUAAAACAAUGGCAUUAGGAAGUGAUAUUGUAGUUUUCAUAAAAAGAUUCUGUUAAAGUUAAUGUACUAUAAUUAUAUACUUAUACACAUUGUCGUAAACAAGCAAGAAUGACAAUAUUCUUGUGCAGUUUAGUACUGGAAUUUAAAGUUAUUGUUACAAUGUAAGAUGAAGUAGUUGUGUGUAAUUUAAUAUAUUUUUGCUCAAUGUUUGAAUGAGACAGAAUUUAUGUUAGUAGAAAAUUUAAACACCUUGUCUCUGCCAAUUUGGAAAAGAUUUUUUUCUUCGAAAACGUAGGUCAGAACAGUUGUCUAGAAGAUGUUAUUGAUAUUUUUUUUUGAAUUUUGUUAAAACAUACUGGUAUAUUCAAAAGACGGCCACGACUUACUGGUACUAUUAUUAUUAAGCUAGAAAUAAAGACAAAAGUAUUAAAGGGCAUGUAUUAUUAUGAUACCUAGAUCUGUCGUACAUCAGUUUUAUCUGGAACUGGUUCGUUGAUAGAAUGGAACCUGUUUGCUAAUUUUCUUGUGAUAUUCAUUAUGCAAAAAUUAUGUAUGUACUUUUAGCAGUGGAUGGUAAGAUAUUUGCUUCUUGGCCCUUUUUUUAGGGGGAAGAAAAUAUUGUUUGUGACUUUUGACAUAUCUUAUGGAGAUACUAUACGAAAAAUUGAUGUGAGGAAGAUUUAGGAAAAAAGUCACAAGUUCUAAGUUUACAAAACUAGAGUUUGAAUACCAGUCUCAGAAUACAGCCUUGCCAUUGGUCAGUUUCAGAUUUCUGUUCAGGAACAGCCAAUCAGAUGGUGGAGUUUUGAGACUGGUUUUCAAACUUGUUCUGUAAUCUUGAGUCUUAAUCUUAAAUGGAUGAGAGAGGGUUGAAAUGUUUUGUUUUAGGUAAUAUCGCUGUUGUGGAAAAGUUAUGAAUGAUUUGUUGAAAUGUUGAUAUAGAAAUGAUCAUGUUUGAAAAAUUUUUGUUGAAAGAUCUUUUUUUGUUCAGGGUGUUUUUAUUGUCAAAGGAACAAGUUUGGUGUUCUGGAAUACUAGCAUUAGCAGUUAUAAUAAUCUGAAUUGGAACAUGAAGAAACUUGAAACUACCCCUUGUUAAUUGGAAAGGGAAUACAUUCAUACAAUAGACUGGAUAUUUUUUCUGAGGUUUUAUUUUAAGAUUUGGUAUAAGCCUGAUUCUAGCUGGUUGAAAUUCUUUUACAACAUUCAAAUUAUAUAUUUCGUGGGCUCAGCAUGAAACUAUUGUAACUUUGUAUAAAUAAAGAAUAAGAUAUAAUAAUUUUGUGCUGAGCCCAUGGUUUGUUUAUAUUAAUGAUUUUUAGCUCACCUGUCACAAAGUGACAAGGUGAGCUUUUGUGAUCGCGUGGCGUCCGUCGUCCGUGCGUCCGUCCGUCCGUCCGUCAGUCCGUAAACUUUUGCUUGUGACCACUCUAGAGGUCACACUUUUCAUGGGAUCUUUAUGAAAGUUGGUCAGAAUGUUCAUCUUGAUGAUAUCUAGGUCAAGUUCGAAACUGGGUCACGUGCGGUCAAAAACUAGGUCAGUAGAUCUAAAAAUAGAAAAACCUUGUGACCUCUCUAGAGGCCAUAUUUUUCAUGGGAUCUUCAUGAAAAUUGGUCAGAAUGUUCAUCUUGAUGAUAUCUAGGUCAAGUUCGAAACUGGGUCACGUGGGGUCAAAAACUAGGUCAGUAGGUCUAAAAAUAGAAAAACCUUGUGACCUCUCUAGAGGCCAUAUUUCUCAAUGGAUCUUCAUGAAAAUUGGUCAGAAUGUUCAUCUUGAUGAUAUCUAGGUCAAGUUCGAAACUGGGUCACGUGGGGUCAAAAACUAGGUCAGUAGGUCUAAAAAUAGAAAAAACCUUGUGACCUCUCUAGAGGCUAUUUUUUUCAAGAGAUCUUCAUGAAUAUUGGUCAGAAUGUUCACCUUGAUGAUAUCUAGGUCAAGUUCGAAACUGGGUCACGUGGGGUCAAAAACUAGGUCAGUAGGUCUAAAAAUAGAAAAACCUUGUGACCUCUCUAGAGGCCAUAUUUCUCAAUGGAUCUUCAUGAAAAUUAGUCAGAUUGUUCAUCUUGAUGAUAUCUAGAUCAAGUUCGAAACUGGGUCACGUGGGGUCGAAAACUAGGUCAGUAGAUCUAAAAAUAGAAAAACCUUGUGACCUCUCUAGAGGCCAUAUUUUUCAAGAGAUCUUCAUGAAUAUUGGUCAGAAUGUUAACCUAGAUGAUAUCUAGGUCAAGUUCGAAACUGGGUCACGUGGGGUCAAAAACUAGGUCAGUAGGUCUAAAAAUAGAAAAACCUUGUGACCUCUCUAGAGGCCAUAUUUCUCAAUGGAUCUUCAUAGAAAUUGGUCAGAAUGUUCACCUUGAUGAUCUCUAGCUCAAGUUUGAAACUGGGUCACGUGCGGUCAAAAACUAGGUCAGUAGGUCUGAAAAUAGAAAAAAAUUUGUGACCUCUCUAGAGGCCAUAUUUUUCGCGGGAUCUUUAUGAAAAUUGGUCAGAAUGUUCACCUUGAUGAUAUCUAGGUCAGGUUCGAAACUGGGUCAUGUGCGGUCAAUAACUAGGUCAGUAGAUCUAAAAAUAGAAAAACCUUGUGACCUCUUUAGAGGCCAUAUUUUUCAAGAGAUCUUCAUGGAAAUAGGUCAGAAUGUUCACCUUGAUGAUAUCUAGAUCAAAUUCGAAACUGGGUCACGUGCGGUCAAAAACUAGGUCAGUAGGUCUAAAAAUAGAAAAACCUUGUGACCUUUCUAGAGGCCAUAUUUCUCAAUGGAUCUUCAUGAAAAUUAAUGAGAAUGUUCAGCUUGAUGAUAUCUAGGUCAAGUUCGUAACUGGGUCAUGUGCGGUCAAAAACUAGGUCAGUAGGUUGAAAAAUAGAAAAACCUUGUGACCUCUCUAGAGGCCAUAUUUUUCACGAGAUCUUCAUGAAAAUCGGUGAGAUUGUUCACCUUGAUGAUAUCUAGGUCAAGUUUAAAAGUGGGUCACGUACCUUCAAAAACUAGGUCAUUAGGUCAAAUAAUAGAAAAACCUUGUGACCUCUCUAGAGGUCAUAUUUUUCAAUGGAGUUCAUGAAAAUUGGUCAGAAUUUUUUAUCUUGAUGAUAUCUAGGUCACAUAUGCUCAAAACCUAGGUCACUAUGACAAAUAAUAGAAAUAACGACUUCAUACUCAGUUCAACACUGGGUCAUGUGGGGAUAGGUGAGCGAUUCAGGACCAUCAUGGUCCUCUUGUUUAAAUUUCAAAGCAGCGCUGCUUGAUUAAAUUACAAAGAAAUGAAUCCUCCUUGAAAAUUAUCCUUUGUACAAUAACGUUUAUAUUUACCAGAGAUGAGUUGUUCUCUGUAUAUCAAAACCCAGUGUCUGUAGAUAAAAGAAUAUUUUUGUUUUGUUGUGUUUGUUUAAAAAUGCUGACUGGUUCCAAGGUAAUAGUACUGAGAUUGAAAACCAGUCUUGAAAUUCCAACAUGUGAUUGGUUGAUUCUGAACUCACAUUUGAAAUUGAUCAAUGGCAUGGAUGCGUAGCGAGACUGGUUCCCAAACUCAGAUUUAUAACCUUGGAGCCUGGUGUUUUGUUCUUUUCUUGUUUAUGUAAAAUAAAACCAUGAUUUUAUAUUUUAUACAUUACAUGUUUUAUCUCUGACUUAUGUUUUGUUGUAUCAUAUAAUCAUAUAUUCACUAUGUUGUUAAGGAAUUUGAUCUAAACUGAUAGUAGCUUAUAUAUUUUGUAUAUGUACAUAUAUAGACUGAUGUCAGAUAAGUGAGUAUGAUUGUCUGUAUUUAAUCUCACAGGAGUUGGGUCCCUUUUAGGGGGCUAUGAAAGUAAGAGUUUAAGCGUCGUCGUGAAUUUACAGAAUUUGUUAUGCAUGUUACGGUCUCUGUAUAUUUUCCUGUAACUCAUCCUGUUUCUAGAGUUAUUUCCCCUUACCUUGUUAAAUCCUGUUAAUUUUAUAUGAUACUGUUAGUAUACUGCUGCAUGGUUUAAUUGAGCAAUGGUGUUACUAAUAUUAUCCUUUUAAAUGCUUUAAAGCCUUUAUUUAACAAAAUGUGUCAUGACUUAAAGUACUUUUCCCGUUUCUGGGUUAAUUGAGGCAAGCAGAGCUGUUAGUUUUUGUAGCUGUUUAGUUUAAUAUCAUCAUAUGUCGGGAAUUCUAAAAUUUUGGCCCGAUUUCAAAUUAUAGUUCCACUUUAAUUUGCAGAAGUUCGGUGCUCCAGCUAAAAAAUAUAGUAAGAAGUACUUAAAACAAGUUCUCAUCGCUGUUAUUAAUUGAAUUAAAUAAAACACAAGCACCACACACACAUACAUGUGAUAAAUAGGUAGAAAUGCUUUACAGUUUGAGCCAUAAUUAUAGUAAAAAGGUACUGAAAAAUAGUUUAGUUAAAUGUACUUCCUAUGUAACUGCAAAAAUAAUGACUUAAGAUAAUUUUGAUUUAUUUUUGGGCUUUGCUAUCAGUUUUGAAAAUUUUGAUAUGACGUUAGUACACAUGCUCCUUUAAUGUCAGAUUACCAUAAGGUAACUAUCAUCAAGACUUGGUUCAGAUUUUAUCUCUGUUAGCCAAAAAUAUGGUCAGUAUUUGUUUGUAUAAAAAGUACAGAUAUUUUUAGUUUUGAAUUUGAAUAAUUCAAAUAAGGAAUGUUGGCUGAAAGUGAUAGAAAAAGCAUGCCGAUAUGUUAUUCAUUUUUUCCUGUUUUGAUUUUCCCCUUUCCUGCAACAUUUUAAGAAACAAAGGCAUGACUUCACUGUGUAAAUUAGAAGUAAAUAUUUUUUGAUUAGGAUGAGACAUGAAACCAUUUUUCCUAACAAUUUUUUUUCCCAAAGUAUAUUAGUGUUAAUGUUAAGGGUUAAAUCCAGUUAUAAUAUUGUCAUGAUUCAGUAAUGAUCAGCAAGAAUGAUGGCGGAAAAUGUAUGUUUAAAUAUACAAGUUUGAAAACAAAAUUAUGCAAAUCAGAAUCCUUGUUUUCCUUGUCUGUGAGACUUGCAAAUAGAAGUUUUUUUUCAUUGAUUGGACAUUACAUAUUAAUUCUACGCCUAUAGAAAUGUGUUGUGGACCUGAAAUGUACAUUACUUUUUCGUUGACAUGUCUAUCACAGGUCCUUCUUGUAUAUUUAAUAUUCCAUCUAUUUAAACAAUAAAAAUAUUUAUAUAUGCAUA